GGGCUCCGCCGCCCGAAGAGCACCUUCACCCUUUCCAAAAAUGCCCCGGAAGUGCCUCCGCCCUCAGUAAAGAUGGCCGUAUCACUUAGCAUGAGGGGGGUGGGGCUGCGCCUGCGCAACAAGUUCGGCGGGGAAGAUGGCGGAUGACAAGGAUUCUCUGCCCAAACUUAAGGACCUGGCAUUUCUCAAGAACCAGCUGGAACGCCUGCAGCAGCGUGUGGAAGACGAAGUCAGCAGUGGUGUGAGCCAGGAUGGCUCGCUCAUGUCCUCCCCAUUCCUCAAGGGCUUCUUAGCCGGCUACGUGGUGGCCAAACUGAGGGCAUCAGCAGUGUUGGGCUUUGCUGUGGGUACCUGCACUGGCAUCUACGCAGCUCAGGCAUAUGCCGUGCCCAAUGUGGAGAAGACAUUGAGGGACUAUCUUCGGUCAUUGCGAAAGGGGCCUGACUAGCUCUGGAUCUCAUGGGGGAGGAAGGAUGAGCA